AUGGCAGGUUUCAUGGGGCUUUCGGGGGGGAAAGAUGAGUCGCCUACAAGUACCUUGACAGAUGACCGCCGCCAGAAGGACCUUUGGUACCGCGCUGUAGAUAAGUACAACCGUACCCUUCUGAGAGGCGGGGCUCGACACAGGCGCUACAUCCACAUGUUAACAGACGCUGAUGGUGGCUCUGUAGGACGAAGUAUCAUCGAAGGUGCCAUCCUCACCCGGGAUCACUACUUGUCAUCAGCCCACCAUACGAAGAAGACCUUCCUCUGGCGAUGCGGCUGCUUGUGCCAAUUUCUGUACCGUCAUCACCGAACCGUUGAUCUUUUCUCCCAGAUCAAGGUCAUCACAUUCGUCUGGGCCCCGGCCAGAGUUGCUUUGCAGGUUAGUUCUCAACUCGCAGCUUACACUCCUCUCCAGGCCUUUGACGAAGCCCAAAGAGCUUCGCAAGAAGCCAUUGAUGGGAUCAUUCUGAUCGAGGGCCAUCUUAUCUCUUGGAUUGAAUCCGCGGCUCACUUCUCCGCCGACGACCGAAUCUGCGACAUUGUUGUGGGUGUUCUUGCUGCUGCAAUCGACCUUGCUCUUCUGGCGAAGGAGCAUCUGUCGUUGCAGUCUGUCGGUAUGGGCCCCCGGCAUCCUUACGCCAUGACUGGACGGAUCAUCAUUCCGCCCCAAAAUCCCUUAACCCCUCCCCACCCACCGUUCGCCUCACUUUCGUUGGGAAUAUAG